CUUUGUCAAAUUCUUUUGUCUCCGUGUCAGGGCAUACAAUGCAUUAUCUUAUGAACAACUAUGGCAGCCUCAGAUGUCGCUUAGAUAUUCCUUUAUUGCCUGGUAUAAAGAUCAUCGCCUUUCCCCGGACAUUUGACGUUUCUCAUCUGUUUCGAUAACUCCGUCUCAGUUCAUACUCCUCUGUUCAAGUUCCAUAUAUUCGACACUCAAAGCAGGCCUUUGGGAACCCUGGUGGACACUUCAGCUAACUGAACAUUUCAUCAUUUUACGCGUCAUUAUUCUUCGCCUCUCCAAGUUAUUCUCCCCACAAUGAACUCAUGUGCAUCGUCUGCAUCUGUUCGCCCUACCCUUCCCCCGCUGCAUACGCUUGAUCUUCCUCGUGGAGACACUCAGCUCCCCCCCAUUGACGCACUCCAUCUUCAUGACCCCCACGAAUUCAAACCCCAGAUUCCAAGGCUGCACAUUCCUAGUAAAUAUCCACAUGCACGCCAGAACCGUCAGAUCUCUAUUUCAUCAUCAACGUCUUCUCGCACCCCUUCUCCUACCCCUUCGCCCCUCUCAUCCUCGCGUUCUUCUACUUCUGGAGGUCGAUCCACUAAAAUACGUCUUGUGCCUACCACUUUUGAGCACGCAGACGCAGUUGUUAUCGUUCCUCCGCCCGAUGCCCCACACGUGCACCCCCUCUCCGGCGUCACAAACCUUAAACACCCCGCGCAGCCCCUACUCCUUGUCGGGCCUGCCUUGCAGCACAUACGCCACCCGCAGCGGCAGAUAGCCAAGGGGGCACGUUUGCACCCAUAUCGCAUCGUGCGUACUCCGGCAGAUCGCAGAUUUUCUAUUGCAUCCAUCACCACGAGCGCAUGAACCUUACAAUAACACGCCUCAGUAAUACCAUAGGAUUUGUGAUGUAUUGCUAGCGCCACCAUUAGUGUAUUACCAGCAUUCUUUCUGUAGGAGGCGUUGUCAGAAGUGUACCAGGAUAUUUUGUGUUUUUAUGUUACAAAAGAAGUUAAUGAAUACAAUGCACUUUCAUGAAAAGAGCUACGCAUAUGUUCAAGGUGUCUGAUUCACCUUUAUCAUAGUGAAGGAGACGGGUACCAUGCAUACGAGAACAAAGGUCUGAUGGAUACGCAAUUCCUGACACCGAUCAUCUUCUGUCCAUCCUCGAGCUUGAAGCCUGGAAAAAUCCUG